CUUCCUCCAGCCCGCCCCCUCUCCCGCAGGGGCCCAGAGAGACGCGGACGGAGCGCCGCCGCCGCCCGCCCCUCGCCGUCUGUGCCACCCGCGCCCGCACCCAUGGCUCUGUGCAACGGAGACUCCAAGCUGGAGAAUGCUGGAGGGGACCUCAGUGAUGGCGGACACCACUACGAAGGGGCUGUUGUCAUUCUGGAUGCUGGUGCUCAGUAUGGGAAGGUCAUCGACAGGAGAGUGAGGGAGCUGUUUGUCCAGUCGGAGAUCUUCCCUCUGGAAACGCCAGCGUUUGCCAUCAAAGAGCAGGGAUUUCGCGCCAUCAUCAUUUCUGGAGGACCAAAUUCUGUGUAUGCUGAAGAUGCUCCCUGGUUUGAUCCAGCAAUAUUCACCAUUGGCAAGCCAGUCCUUGGAAUUUGCUAUGGCAUGCAGAUGAUGAAUAAAGUAUUUGGAGGUACUGUGCACAAAAAAAAUGUCAGAGAAGAUGGAGUCUUCAACAUUAACGUAGACAACACCUGCUCGUUAUUCAGGGGUCUUCAGAAGGAAGAGAUUGUGUUGCUCACGCAUGGAGACAGUGUAGACAAAGUAGCUGAUGGAUUCAAGGUUGUGGCACAGUCUGGGAACAUUGUAGCAGGUAUAGCAAAUGAAUCUAAAAAAUUGUAUGGAGUACAGUUCCACCCUGAGGUUGGCCUUACGGAAAACGGGAAGGUGAUCCUGAAGAAUUUUCUGUAUGAUAUUGCUGGCUGCAGUGGGACCUUCACUGUGCAGAACCGAGAACUUGAGUGCCUUCGAGAGAUCAAAGAGCGAGUGGGGACGUCCAAGGUUCUGGUCUUACUCAGUGGUGGCGUCGACUCAACAGUUUGUACAGCUCUGUUGAAUCGGGCUUUGGAUCAAGAUCAAGUCAUUGCUGUGCAUAUAGAUAAUGGCUUUAUGAGGAAGAGGGAGAGCCAGUCUGUGGAAGAAGCCCUCAAAAAACUUGGGAUUCAGGUCAAAGUGGUCAAUGCCGCUCAUUCUUUCUACAACGGCACGACAACUUUACCAAUAUCUGAGGAAGACAGGACUCCCCGAAAAAGGAUCAGCAAAACGUUGAACAUGACCACAAGUCCUGAGGAAAAAAGAAAGAUCAUUGGAGACACCUUUGUGAAGAUUGCCAAUGAAGUCAUUGGAGAGAUGAACCUGAAACCAGAGGAGGUUUUCCUUGCCCAGGGAACACUAAGGCCCGAUCUCAUUGAAAGCGCAUCCCUUGUUGCAAGCGGCAAAGCUGAGGUCAUCAAAACACAUCAUAACGAUACAGAACUCAUCAGAAAACUGAGAGAGGAGGGAAAAGUAAUAGAACCUCUGAAAGACUUCCAUAAAGAUGAAGUGAGAAUUUUAGGCAGAGAACUCGGCCUCCCAGAAGAGCUGGUCUCUAGACAUCCAUUCCCAGGUCCAGGUCUGGCAAUAAGAGUAAUAUGUGCUGAAGAGCCUUAUAUAUGUAAAGACUUUCCUGAAACCAACAACAUUUUGAAAAUAGUAGCUGAUUUUUCUGCAAGUGUUAAAAAGCCCCACACGCUGUUGCAGAGAGUCAAAGCUUGUACGACAGAGGAAGACCAGGAGAAGCUCAUGCAGAUUACCAGCCUACACUCGCUGAGCGCCUUCCUGCUGCCAAUUAAAACUGUGGGAGUGCAGGGGGACUGCCGCUCCUAUAGUUAUGUUUGUGGCAUCUCCAGUAAAGACGACCCCGACUGGGAAUCUCUGAUGUUUCUUGCGCGGCUGAUCCCACGCAUGUGUCACAACAUUAACAGGGUCGUCUUUGUCUUCGGUCCCCCUGUCAAAGAGCCUCCCAUGGAUGUCACGCCCACCUUCUUAACCACCGGAGUGCUCAGCACACUGCGGCAAGCUGAUUUUGAGGCUCACAACAUUCUCAGGGAGUCUGGGUAUGCUGGGAAGAUCAGCCAGAUGCCAGUCAUUUUGACACCGCUGCAUUUUGACCGGGACCCUCUUCAGAAGCAGCCAUCCUGCCAGAGAUCGGUGGUCAUCCGCACCUUCAUCACAAGCGAUUUCAUGACUGGUAUUGCGGCCACACCUGGCAAUGAGAUUCCUGUGGAGGUGGUGCUGAAGAUGGUCACCGAGAUUAAGAAGAUCCCGGGUAUUUCUCGAGUUAUGUAUGACUUAACAUCAAAGCCCCCAGGAACUACCGAGUGGGAGUAAUAAACGUCCUUUUCAAUCCAA